CAGUGACUUCGUAAGCUCAGAAGCAGCAAGCUUGGUCAAAGAAGAGAAAGACAAGCACACACGUACAUAUUUGUAGAAGAUGACAAACAGUGACUAUCUUAAUUUGAUUACAUACAAUCACUCUUAUAGUCUUAUGCUUGUCUUGCUCAUAUUCAACAAACGCACCUUAUUACCUUAAGACCACUUACGUCAAGUAAACUGUCAUAAGAAAACCUGUGUCUUUAAAUACAAGAAGCAAAAGCUAAGAGCGAACAAUUCUGUUAAGGAAAACAAAAUGGCAAUGAGAAGGACGCAGUUUCUUCUGCUGUUGCUUUGGCUCCUCUGUGUUUAUGCCCCUACAUGUUUUUGUGCCAAUGUGACGUAUGAUCAUAGAGCAUUGGUCAUUGAUGGCAAGCGCAGGGUCUUGAUCUCUGGUUCUAUCCAUUACCCUCGCAGUACCCCUGAGAUGUGGCCAGACCUUAUUCAGAAAGCAAAAGAUGGAGGACUUGACGUGAUUGAAACCUAUGUUUUCUGGAACUUACAUGAACCAGUUCAAGGCCAGUAUAACUUUGAAGGCAGGGGAGACUUGGUUAAAUUUGUGAAGGCAGUAGCAACAGCAGGUCUAUAUUUGAAUCUCCGGAUUGGUCCAUACGCAUGUGCUGAAUGGAACUAUGGUGGUUUCCCUCUUUGGCUGCAUUUUAUUCCUGGAAUUCAGUUCAGAACUGAUAAUGAACCAUUCAAGGCAGAAAUGCAGCGAUUCACAGCUAAGAUUGUUGAUAUGAUGAAGCAAGAGAAUCUCUAUGCAUCACAGGGAGGGCCUAUUAUUUUAUCUCAGAUUGAAAAUGAGUAUGGGAGUGUUGAAGGUGCUUAUGGUCCUGCUGCUGUACCCUACAUCAAUUGGGCAGCAUCAAUGGCUACAUCUCUUGACACAGGAGUUCCCUGGGUCAUGUGCCAGCAGGAAAAUGCCCCUGAUCCAAUUAUUAACACAUGCAAUGGAUUUUACUGUGAUCAAUUCACACCAAACUCUAAAGCAAAACCAAAAUUUUGGGCUGAGGGUUAUAAUGGAUGGGUACUUUAUUUUGGCGGUGCGAUAUCAUACAGACCUGUAGAAGAUCUUGCAUUUGCUGUGGCUCGGUUUUUCCAAUUAGGGGGCACUUUACCAAAUUACUAUAUGUACCAUGGAGGGACCAACUUUGGGAGAACUUCUGGUGGACCUUUUGUUGCUACUAGUUAUGAUUUUGAUGCUGCAAUUGAUGAGUAUGGAAUCAUUAGACAGCCUAAGUGGGGCCACCUCAAAGAUGUGCAUAAGGCCAUUAAGCUUUGUGAAGAAGCAUUGAUAACUACUGAUCCAACAAUUACAUCUCUUGGUUCAAAUCUAGAGGCUGCUGUAUACAAGACAGAAGCUGAAUGUGUUGCUUUCCUUGCCAACAUAGACAACACAUCUGACGCUACAGUGAAUUUCAAUGGCAAUUCAUAUAACUUGCCUGCAUGGUCUGUGAGCAUCUUACCAGACUGCAAGAAUGUUGUGCUUAAUACUGCAAAGAUUAAUUCUGCAUCUAUGAUUUCAAGCUUCACAACUGAAUCUUUAAAAGAGGUUAGUUCUUUGGAAGGUCCAAGCCCAGGGUGGAGUUGGAUUAGUGAACCAAUUGGUAUUUCAAAGGCUGAUUCAUUCUCAAAAUUUGGAUUACUGGAGCAAAUAAACACAACAGCGGAUAGAAGUGACUACUUGUGGUACUCAUUAAGAAUUGAUCUUGAAGAUGAUCCUGGUGCUCAAACUGUCCUUCACAUCGAAUCCCUUGGUCACGCCCUUCAUGCUUUCAUAAAUGGGAAGCUUGCAGGGAGCGGAAAAGGUAACAGUGACAAUUCUAAGGUCAAUGUGGAGAUCCCCAUCAUACUUGUUGCUGGGAAGAACACAAUUGAUUUACUCAGUUUAACUGUGGGACUUCAGCACUACGGACCUUUUUUUGAUACAUGGGGUGCGGGGAUCACUGGUCCAGUAAUAUUGAAAGGUUUGAAGAAUGGCAGUACUCUCGACUUCUCCUCCAAGCAGUGGACAUAUCAGAUAGGUCUUAAAGGUGAAGACUUAGAUCUUCCUAGUGUCACUUCUGGACAGUGGAAUUCACAAUCUACCUUACCUAAGAAGCAACCCUUGACUUGGUACAAGAUAAACUUUAGUGCUCCUUCCGGUAAUGUUCCGAUUGCAAUCGACUUCACGGGGAUGGGAAAAGGUGAAGCUUGGGUAAAUGGACAGAGCAUUGGGCGAUACUGGCCUACAUAUAUCUCACCAAUUGAUGGUUGUACCAGCUCAUGCAACUAUAGAGGGCCUUAUGAUUAUUCCAAAUGUCUCAAGAACUGUGAAAAACCAUCACAGACAUUAUACCAUGUACCAAGAUCGUGGUUGCAACCAGAUAGCAACACUCUUGUAUUGUUUGAGGAAAGUGGAGGCGACCCUACUCAGAUAUCUUUUGCUAUAAAACUGAUAGGAAGCUCGUGUUCACAUUUAUCUGAAUCUCACCCUCCACCUGUAGACUUGUGGAAUUCAGAUACAGAAUCAGAAAGAAGAGGGGGUCCUGUACUAUCACUGGAGUGCCCUUAUCCUAAUCAAGUCAUCUCUUCCAUUAAAUUUGCUAGUUUUGGAACACCUCAUGGGAAUUGUGGAAACUUCAGCCAUGGAGACUGCAGCAGCAAACAAGCUCUAUCCAUUGUGCAGAAGGCCUGCAUUGGAUCAAGCAGUUGUAGUAUUGGAGUAUCAAUUAAUACAUUUGGAGAUCCAUGUGGAGGAGUAACAAAGAGUUUAGCUGUUGAAGCUUCUUGUACAUAGACAUGUUGUUUCUGUUAGACUCUGAAAAACGGAUUUGGAUCCCCUCACGUGUCAAUCUCACAUGACUAUGUCAUGUGAAAGAUCUGAACCUUUAAUUACUUUUUUUAAUGAAAUUUGAUGGUGUAUCAUUUCCCGCACAA